AUGCAGGUAUGUAACCGCAGCAGACGCACUCAGCGAUGAGCAGCGACUAACAUGACGGGCCCCAGAUCUUCGUCAAGACCCUCACGGGUAAGACGAUCACCCUCGAGGUGGAAUCGUCCGACACCAUCGACAAUGUCAAGUCCAAGAUCCAAGGUACGCCACCCGCACCACACUCGCGCCAACGACAGCAUCUGACACAUCGGCCGCAGACAAGGAAGGUAUUCCUCCAGACCAGCAGCGUCUGAUCUUCGCCGGCAAGCAGCUCGAAGAUGGCCGCACUCUCUCCGACUAUAACAUCCAGAAGGAGUCCACCCUCCACCUGGUCCUCCGCCUGCGUGGUGGUAUGGCCAAGAAGCGCAAGAAGAAGGUCUACACCACUCCCAAGAAGAUCAAGCACAAGCGCAAGAAGACCAAGCUCGCUGUGCUCAAGUACUACAAGGUCGACGGUGAUGGCAAGAUCGAGCGUCUGAGGAGAGAGUGCCCAGCUGAGACUGUAAGGAUAACCCCACACCCAUACACAUGUGGCGCAUGGGCCAGGACUAACACGCCAAUAGUGCGGUGCCGGUAUCUUCAUGGCCGCCAUGCACAACCGCCAGUACUGCGGUCGUUGCCACCUGACCUACGUCUUCGACGACCCCAAGUAA